GUUCAAGAAGUUCGGGAAGUUCAAUAAGCAGUAAUGAAGUCUGUUUAAACGCAAAGACUCUUCAAUAGUUUCAUUUUUAUUCCCGGACCUAGAUUUUCCACCCUGUUCCGUACAUAUGUAACUAAGAACAUUACGUUUACAGUGAUUGAUUAUCUAACGAAAGUAAGCUAAAAUGCCGUCAUGAUGAGUCAGCCAAUACCCUUGUUUUACUCUUGCAUCCGUUCGAUGUUAGUGAAAUUCCUUCCCGUUCAUAAAUCAGCUACUAACUUUAAACAUCCCUCUUUCACGAAGCCUUUUUCCAACUUCAUCUCUAUUUGUCAAGCAAGAACUAGGACGUCAUUUCAAGUGAUUCGUACUCAAUCGCAGAGAAGACAGUAGACCCUAAAAAUACUUAGCUCAUGUAACCCUGCCAACGAAUGUCUUAAGUUCCUUUCCCCCACACAGUUUUGAGGAAUUCAGAAAUAUCGACUUCAUCCUCAUUAUAUUCACGGAUAACGGACACCGGUUAGGGACUUAAUCAUGGAAGACUCCGAAGACACAGCUGCCGCCAUGGCAGCCAUGGGCUUCUCAAGCUUUGGCACACAAAAUGCGAAUAAGAGACGCAAAUUCAACCCCCAUGCCGAUGAAGCUGUGGUUGCAUCAACCUCCGCAAUUCAAGGUGGUGCUGUCCAAGAGGCGAAAUCAGGAUCAAACGCAACACCCUUAGGUGUGAGGACUCGGAAUCGCGAUGAGAUCGAUCUUGGAGACGACGAUGAAUCGAAUAUUCCUAGGAGUGAAGCUCAUCAUGGUCUUAACCAUGACAAUGACGAUAACCCAGGACCACAGUACAUCGAUACAUCACGCCCCCCUACAGCUAUUAUGACUGAACCAAAUGAUGAUAUUCAAUCAAAAAUUGACAGCAUAACCGGAGUUCCCUCUGAUCAAUGGGGAGCUCAGUCUUCGGCGGUUAACAUUGAUGGAGGAGGAAGUUAUCGAGGUGGAUAUGGUCGUGGCGGUAAUCGAGCGAACCGGGGUCGAGGGCGAGGAAGGGGACGAGGGCGAGGAGGUAGCCAAGGGCACGAGCCGGGAAAGAAGUGGUGGGAAGACUAUUAUGAUCCGAGUACAAAUACUAACCCAUGGGAGUCGCUUGAGAAGGCCGGCGGGUUGGAGCCGGUGGGCAAUUGGAUGUCGUGGGAAGAGGCAAAGUCUCGGUCAGGCCAAACGUCGGGUCAAGCGUCAGUUAGUUGAACGACUAUGGGCAAGCGAUGAUUUAAUCAAUCCAUACCGUUCAUCAGAGGUCAGGGAUAGGGGGGAAAUGAGAAAUUGUGACUUACCUAGGUACGAUAUAUGCUAUACACAUUUGGGGCACCCAACCAUACUUGGGCAUCACUACAUCACGUGACACCCAUCAACA